CAACAUCAUCGGACAUGGCUGAGCUGAACCGCACACUACAGAUAUGCUGCAAGAGUUUGUUGACAUCCCCCAACAGAUCAAAGUUCAUGAUGAAUAUGCCCCUGUUGACCAAUCUCCUAACCCCUGGUCUCCGGGCCCUGCAUUGCACUGGGACUAGAAGUGCAUCCACAGGAACUCUUUCUUUAAAAGAUCCUCUCAACUACUGGUGUGGUAACCGAGUCAACCUCAAAGAUGUGAAAAAUAAAUCUGCUCCUGUAUAUGAGCCUGCAACAGGUAGUGUCCUGUGCCACCUGCAGGCUUGUGGGGCAGCAGAGGUGGAUGCAGCUGUGAGAAGUGCCAAUGCUGCUUUCACCAACUGGAGUAGAUUGGCUGGCAUGGAAAGAGCUAGAGUCAUGCUAGAGGCAGCUAGAAUCAUUGAGAAGCGACGAGAAGAGAUUGCUGAGUUGGAGGUGAUUAAUAAUGGGAAGUCCAUCACAGAAGCCCGUCUGGAUGUGGACUCAGCCAGAUUAUGCAUUGAGUAUUUCGCAGGACAGGCUACCACCCUUUCGGGCCAGCAUGUUCAGUUAUCUGGAGGUUCGUUUGCCUACACACGUCGGGAACCACUCGGUGUGUGUGUGGGAAUAGGAGCCUGGAAUUACCCAUUCCAGAUUGCAGCCUGGAAAUCAGCUCCUGCCAUCGCCUGUGGCAACUCCAUGGUAUUCAAGCCAUCACCAUUGACCCCAGUGACUGCAGUGCUGCUGGCUGAGAUUUAUUCACAGGCUGGGGCUCCAGAGGGUCUGUUCAAUGUGGUUCAGGGUGGAGAAGAGACGGGAUCUCUGCUGUGUCAUCACCCAUCUGUGGCUAAAAUUUCCUUUACUGGAAGUGUGCCCACUGGCAAGAAAAUAAUGGAAAUGGCUUCAAGAGGGGUAAAACCAGUGACACUUGAGCUUGGUGGAAAAUCUCCGUUAAUCAUCUUCGAGGAUAGUGACCUAGAAAACGCCAUCAGAGGAGCACUUAUGGCCAACUUCUUGUCUCAGGGCCAGGUAUGUAGUAAUGGCACCAGAGUUUUUGUGCAAAGCUCAAUUCUUCCUCAGUUCUUGAAAGAGGUGGUACGGCGAACUAAAGCCAUCCAGAUAGGAGACCCCCUGCUUGAUGAGACUCGUAUGGGAGCCCUGGUCAGUAAACCACACCUAGACAGGGUGCUAGGAUAUGUAAACCAAGCUAAGAGAGAGGGAGCCAGUGUGCUCUGUGGAGGGGAGCCCUUUACCCCUGCUGAUCCUAAAUUAAAAGAUGGAUACUACAUGACACCUUGUGUGCUUGCCAGUUGCACAGAUGACAUGACAUGCGUGAAAGAGGAGAUAUUUGGACCUGUGAUGUCAGUAUUGUCCUUUGACACUGAGGAGGAAGUUCUUCGGAAAGCCAAUGACAGCACGCUGGGUCUGGCUGCAGGAGUCUUUACCAAAGAUGUUAAGAGAGCCCAUCGUGUAAUUGAGAACCUGCAAGCUGGAUCUUGCUUCAUAAACAACUACAAUAUCACCCCUGUGGAGGUGCCGUUUGGAGGGUACAAGGCUUCAGGUAUUGGAAGAGAAAAUGGCCAAGUGACCAUUGAAUUUUACUCUCAGUUAAAGACUGUGAUUGUGGAGAUGGGUGAUGUGGACAGCCUUUUUUGAACUGGAUCUCAAUCUUAUGCAGUAUUAACCAUAAGAUUUCUGCAGUUCUUGAAUUAAAAAAAAGUUAAUAUUCAUCACUAAAUAAUAUAUUUGCCAUGUUAAUUUACUGUCAAGUAAUGACAGGUGUCUGUGAAUAUUUCACAAUCAAGUGCCUGUAAAGAUAGAUUGGUAUGAUUCUUAAUGAAUGUAAGAGUAUGAACUGCCUUUUUCUAAAGAAAAAGCAUGAUUAUUAAUUACAUUUGAUUAGUUACACAGAUGGCUUUAAUGUGAACGUUUGGUUUAUUUACAAAGCUUUUUAAAGGCAUUUCUCAUACUGUGAAUAUGCAAUGUUUUGAUUUUCAUUAUGUUGCUGCAUUUGAAUAGUGUCUCAUGACAAAUGGCCAAUUAAAGAGUUUAGGUAAAAGUGCCUCAUGCAACAAUAGGUAUUCUGAAGGACUGUUUAUUUAUGUAGGUUUGACCUGUAAAGAACAGCAUAUAAGUUCUCCUUUUGUACAUGUAGUAAAUAAGUCCCAAAGCAUUCAUUACACAUUCCUAUUGGAUAUUUCAAAUUCAUUGAAAAUAUAAGAAACAGCAAUAAUUAAAAACUUAUUACACAGUUAAGAAUGUAUGUAUUAUAAACUACCAUCAGGUUUUUAAACAUUGGAAUAAACCUAUUUAAAUUCAUAUAAAAUCUGAUGCAUAAGUUACUGUUUGCCUGACAUUAACAUAUUGUACGUUAACGUAGAGCUUUCUUCUUUUUUUUCUUUGAGAUGUUGUUCCCCCUGCUUUUCCUCUGUGUAAUUAAAUAGUGUUAAAAAAAAUCUUAACAUGUAUGUUUAAAAAACAUUUUUUUUUUUAUCUUAACAGAUAUAAAAUAAUAAUACCUUU